CAUCACUUUGUCAGACUGCCCCUCUGCUGCCAUGUGUUGCACAGCAACAACAUGUAAUGGAAUGUUGGUGGGAAUGUUCAGCCUUGACUCACCUGCCUCUGCUAUCAUGGGCUAACAUAAUGAAAUAGGAGGCAUGAGGAGUGCUCUGAAAGUAAUAUUUCUUCAGUUAGUUUAUUUUGUGCUAUCACAAAGUAUACAGUACAAUCAGAUGAAUAUUUUGAGAGUUUUUUUUUUUUUUUUUUUGCAAACAGAAUAGUUCUGAGCACAUUUUAGAUCUCUCAGUUAGGUUUGGAGUUCUAACAGAAGAAUGAAAUGGUAGAUGUAAUAGCAGGCAGUAUGUUUCUGUGCUUACAUCUUGCUUCUGAUGGGGCUUUUGGGAAGUUGAAACUAAACUACUGUUCUCUGCUUAAGAAUAAAAAUGAAAACGCAGUGCUGUGGAUUUACUUGAAUUCAACUUUGUGCUGAUGUGAAAGACGGUCAGUGCUUCCAAACUGCAGGACUCCUAGCAGCGCUUCUGUCCUCCUUGGCGGAGCUCGGUAUUUCAUAGGGGAUUGCUACACGAUUAGUGCCACCUGCUGCACGUCCUCUGGAAUUGGAUCAGCUUCCCACAACGCCUUACUACAUCCUCUGGGUAGUCGUAGCUUCCGAAAUUAUUAAGUUUCUGAGAUCUUUUAAAGAGGAAAAGAUUAAGAAGUCCGUCCUGGAAUAAAUAGAUAAAUUCCAAAAUCAACUCUUGCGGCUGCGUGUUAUGCAUCGCAUCUUACAAGGAUAAUAACGUGGUGCUAGAAUCUUCCCCAGCCGCCCUAUGCCCCUAAAGCACCGGUAAUUAGAUGAUCAAAUUAUGAUUCAGUGAGCGCUCUAGACCGCUUCCGAGCCGAGCUUCGUGCAGGUUUGCGAAGCCCUCCCCUCGGCAGCUGCGCUUUCACCCCUGCCAAAGCGGGUUCAGCUCUGCAAAACGCGUGUGAGGGGAAUCUGCUCGCUCCGGACGCGAGGCAGCUGAAGGCACGGCCGGGCUGCAGCGGGAAGGGCGGCUCGCGUUCCCUCACAGCCCGCCCUCCUUGCGGGUGCUGAGGGGCUGCGUACGGACACGGCCCGCCCCGCGGCGCUGAACGGUCACCGCCGCUUUGAACUUCCCGCGCGCCGCUCCCGGCGGAGACGCGCUGCGCGUUCGCCGCCGCAGUUUCCAAGGCGCUGCGGCCAUAGAGGAGCCGGGCGGCCGGAGCUCCGCUGCAUCUCUCCGGGACCGCUGUCGGGGGUGGCAGCCGUUCCGCUUCUCCCCGUGCCCUCGGACCCGCCGCUGGGUGAGUGUCUCCCGCGGCGGCGGCGAAUCUGCCGGGCCCGUCCCGCCGCUAGCGCGGUUUGGGCGGUUGUCAGGGAGAAUCAAGAUGGCGGCGGCGGCGGCGGAGGAGGACACGGAGCUGCGGGACCUGCUGGUGCAGACGUUGGAGAGCAGCGGGGUGCUCAAUAAAAUCAAGGCAGAGUUGCGAGCAGCUGUAUUUUUGGCAUUAGAAGAACAAGAGAAAGUAGAGAACAAAGCACCUCUGGUAAAUGAAAGCCUGAAAAAUUUUUUGAGUACAAAAGAUGGUCGUGUGGUGGCAGGUCUUGUUGCAGAAUUUCUACGAUUUUUCAAUCUUGAUUUUACGCUGGCUGUUUUUCAGCCUGAAUCAAGCACACUAAAUGGCCUGGAUGAUCGAGAAAACUUAGCUCGAGAUUUGGGAAUUACAGAAGAAGGUACUGCAGGUGGUCCCCUGUUGUUGGAGGUUGUUAGAAAAUGUCAGCAAAAAAAGAUAUCAGGCAAUGAAGAAGUGGCCCCAGUUCUAAGUGAUGGCCUGUGCUCCACGUCAAAAUCAUCUGAUGGAAGAUCAAGUACACACCCCAUACCGAGUAAGGUUACUGAAGCUACUCAAAGUGAUACGAGUGUCUCGUCAGGGGAAGCCAGCAAAAGAAGCAUUCAUUUUCUGCCUAAUGAAACAAAACUAGAUCCUCAGUUGCAAAACAAAGACUUAAAUACCAAAGAAAAAAGUGAUCCAGGUGUGGAUGAAGAUGAUAUAGAGGGAGAUUCUUUUUUUGAUGAUCCUAUACCCAAACCAGAAAGAACUUAUGGUUGGAAAACUGAUUCCAGUAAAGCAGGAGGUCUAGCAUCCCUUUCUGAUGCACCACCUCUGAAAAGUGGGUUAAGUUCUCUGACUGGUGCACCUUUGCUAAAGGAGCCUGAUGAUCUAAAUAGAAAUUCUGUUUUGAAAGACCUGAGGUUGGUGAAUGCAAAACUGGGAUCUUUAGAAUUAGGAAAUGGAGAUGAUGACGAGUAUGCUGAUGACUUCAAUAGUGCCAGCCAUCGCUCAGAGAAAAGUGAUAUCAGUAUUGGUGAAGAAAUAGAUGAAAUAUCUGUGGAAACAGAAGGCUUGAAUGCCAGUGAUAAACUUGAAGACAUAACACAAGACCAUACCGUUUCUCAGUUCAGUGAUGUUGCAGAUUAUCUAGAAGAUGUGGCAUAGAAUUGGACAGCAAAAAACGUUUCAGUGUGCUGGACUACAAGACUACUGUGGACUGUUGAAUUCAGACAAUCACUUUUUGCUGGAAAGUCCACUCCCUAUUUGUGCCUUGUUUAAUAAAGACUGUAGGUGGAGAGGGCUUCUUUACAAGAUAUAAAUGAAAUGAUGUGUUCCCGUUUGAGUCUGAUAUUGGAAUUACUUUUUUCAUUUGGUUCAGCCAAACCUUUCACAGCAGGAGUUGGAUUUUCCAAGCAGAAUGUCCAUUGCUGGCAAUGGGCUUAAUAAAAAGCAGUCUACAAGAAAAGAUCUACAUGGAGUCAUGCGGCUUUAUAAUGAACUUGCACUGUUAUUGUAACAGUUUGAAACGUUUUUAAAGAUAACCAAAGCAAGAGUCUUCAGAGGUAGUGCUUCAACUUCUACUUCUUUUUAAGAGUUUUGUCCAGUCAGCAUGUCAUACAUAUUUGUAGUAAAUCUAGCCACAAUACCUAGGCGCUCCAGACUCACUUGAAACUACUGUUUUUCAGACUUUUUUGGAAGUUGGACUUUUUAAAAAGACUUAUCAAGUUGAGCAUAUCUAAAUUUAGCUAAGUUUAGGAGCUAAAUUUAGUACUAAUCUUAACUCUGAAUAUUCUUGUUUAAAUAUGUUUGUCAGACCAUUGAUGUUAAGACCUAAGCUGUUUUUAUGUAUGAUAAUUUCAUUAGUGUUAUUGGUUGUUAAAUCAUGAAAAUUGAUUAUGUAAGGAUCCACAAAUCAUUAUAUUUUUGGUUGUUUUGUUGGUUUUUUUUUAGGUUUUUAAAAGUGUGGAAAUGGUUUGUGGAGCUGUUACUGUUGAGGGCUCUUCCUUUGCUGUAAGCUCACUAAUAGUCCUGAAAAUCCUCGCUGUGCAAAAAUGGGCGCCAAAAAGUGAAAACACUAACUGUUUUUCAGAUUCUGAUUGCCAUAGAGAAAUAAAUUCAGAUAUUUAGAACACCUUACUGAAGACAUUUAUCAAUGCUAAGUUCUAACUAAGAGCAAAUUUCAGUGUAUUCAUUAUACUCUUGCAAAACAGAGUCGGUAAUGGAAACAGUGACAGUUCCUUAACGAUGCCAUUUUGCAUAGCGCUGCUGUAAUAUAUAGGUCGUGGACAUUAGUAGUACUGAAACAAGAUUUCAAAAUGUGCACUUUCUGAACAUUGUGAACACAUUUGGAAAAUAUACGUGAAUAUAAAUAACUUAUUAUUUUUUUUCUUUUUUAACACUUUGUAAUUUUCUUUUUCCAGGAAAACUGUUGGCCUCUCAUCAGUGGCCACCUCAGAAGUAGCACGCUAAACUAAAGCCAUUGGUUAAUUAAGUAAAUAGAGCUGCUACUAGCAUUGGAUGCUGAUUUGGAUCUUUCUUGCACUGGGCCAGCAGGCAUGGAGCAGUGCUGGAAAGUUAGGCUUUUGUAGUACAUAAAUAAUGAGAAGAGAGGAGAAAAGUUGUGCCUUUUAUUUAUGUGCGCCCCAAAAUAAGCCAGCAAAAAGCACCAAAAUAUUUAGUCACCUUUAACUUCUGACUUUGUGCCAUGUUGUAGCAGCUUAACAGGAGAAUUUUUUUUACCCUGGAAAUCAAUGUGCCAUAGGCUUCAGAUAACAAUGAUAUUGUAAGAAAUAACAUAACUGUGAGUAAAAAUUACUUGAACUAUGGAGGAACAUGUGUCUCAAGAUACUACAUGUUAAAAGGUUUUUUUCUGAUUGAAAUCUUUUUAAAGUGAGCAAUAACAUGUCUGAAGGAUGUAAAAUUCAACUUGAAUGCAUGGGAACAACGAAUUGCUGACGUUCAUUUUUAAGGUGUGUGGAAUAAUGUAGACAGUGCCAUUUGCAUUUUUUUGUGUCUUGGGAAAACAUAGUUUUAUUACCUGUUAGCUGUAGAAUCUCUUGAAAUUUGUCAUACCAAAAGAAGCUAAAACUAUUAAAUUAUUUCUAAUUGCAUAUGGAGAUGUGGCCUUUAACUAAUUAGAUACUUUAAAUGUUAACAUGACUUCUGUUAACAGCAAAGUGUUUUCUCUUUCCUUGGGGACUGAUUGGAGACCUUGCACUUUGAUUCUCAUUUAAGGAAAUGCCAAAGUGGUAAGUCUCCUGUGAGGUUUUGCUGAAUUGUGUAUAAUAACUUGCAAAAUAAAGCUAUUAUGCUGG